AAGAGAAACAAGUGUUGUGCAUGCUACAUUACACGUUCCAAUGGUUUAUCUUUUGUUCACCAAAUUUUGGAUCAUCACAAACUCCUACUCCAACGCCUUUCUUUUUUUUGAACCAACAAUUCUUCCUCUUCUCUUCUCAUCAUUUCAUUUUCACUUUGAAAAGAAGAUGUCUGGUGUAUCUGUAGCAACAGCUCCUCCAACAGCACCACAAACUCCAGGCACAAAAGCAAACCAGCGAUCAGAAGCACCUUCUGCAGGUGGAAUGAUGGGUUCAUUACGUGUAAUAGAGCUUCAACUUGUAGCAUUCAUAUUAGUUUUCUCAGCAAGUGGUCUUGUUCCUCUUCUUGAUCUAGUUUUUCCAGCUCUUGCCUCUGCAUACAUCUUAGCACUUGCACGUUACGCAUUUCCAUCAUCUCCUUCUACUACAUCAAAUUCACAACAACAAGAGAUUUUCCAAGUAAGUAGCAUGUUCAGAAUGUAUAUUAUUGUUGGAACAACUAUUGGCUUGUUUUUGCCACUAGCUUAUGUUCUUGGAGGGUUUGCAAGAGGUGAUCAACAUGCUGUGCGUUCUGCAACACCGCAUCUUUUCUUGCUUUCUUUUCAGAUAUUGACUGAGAAUAUUAUUAGCAGUUUGUCUCUAUUUUCACCACCUGUUAGAGCUUUGGUUCCUAUGAUUUAUACUAUUAGAAGGAUCUUUGUUGAUAUUGAUUGGAUCAAUGAUGUUUGGCUUAACAAGACUUUUCCCGCUAAUGCACGCUUUCAGGACACAGCAUGGUAUUGGUUUGGGAAGGGUCUAGCGGUGGCGAAUCUGGCUUAUUUCUCAAUCAAUCUAUGUGUAUUCUUGAUACCAAGGUUCCUUCCAAGAGCUUUUGAGAGGUAUUUCCAAGAAAGAGGAGAGAUUUAUGCCAAGAGUGCAGAAGAUAAGCGAUCUGUGUCUCUCAACAAACCCCAAUUAUCAGAGAAGAAGAUGGAUUAAGAUUAAUUAAGAGAUAGCUUUAUCAUAUAGCUUGUCUUUCAAGUAAUUUUAUACAGUUUAGAAUUUCUCUUGGAAAAUGGAUAGUUAAUCAAUGUAUAUGAUAUCUUAGCCUUGACUUAAUAUGCUCUCUCCAUUAGAUAAUAUAUGGAAAUUAUAUAUAGCCUGGUUUUUGGACAAAUUUGUGGUGACAACUCUAUGUUGCAUAGCAUAUAAUAUCCAACAAUUUGAAGCCA